AUGACCAAUAUCACCGCCGCCGGGGAUGGCAUCACCGGCGGCUAUAUGGGAAACUCUCUCGGCCUCAAGAUCACCAUCGCGACUCUGGCCGGCGUUACCUGGUAUAAUGCAUUCGAGCUGGUGGUCCUCAUCUUCGUCACCUUCGCCCAGUACCGCGGACUUUACUUCUGGAGUCUGCUCAUUACGUCGUCCGUCGGCCUGAUCCCCUACUCGCUUGGCUUCCUGCUCAAGUUCUUCCGCCUCACCCCCGAUGCCAGCUGGCUGCCCGUGACCUUUCUCACCAUAGGUUGGUGGUGUAUGGUCACUGGCCAGUCUAUCGUCCUAUACUCGCGUUUGCACUUGGUGUUGUCCAACCAGCGGGUCCUGCGACGCGUCUUGACCAUGAUCCUCGUCGAUGCCGUCGCACUCCACAUCCCAACCACCGUCCUUACCUUCGGCAGCAACCUAGCCUCCGGGAACGCCCGAUCAUACAUCCGUGGAUAUAAUGUGAUGGAAAAGAUCCAAAUGACCGGAUUCUGCCUGCAGGAGUUUGUCAUCUCCGGUCUGUAUAUCUGGGAAACCAUUCGCAUGAUCCGACUCGAUCCAGACCGAACGAAGCGCAAGAUUCAGUAUCAGCUCAUCAUAAUCAACUUGAUCAUUAUCGGGAUGGACGUGGGACUGUUGGUUGCUGAAUAUAAAAACUUCUAUAUCAUGGAGACCAUGCUCAAGGGCGCUGUAUACAGCAUCAAGUUGAAGCUGGAAUUCGCCGUGCUCGGUAAACUAAUCCACCUCGUCCACAACCACGUCUGGAAAGCCGAGUCCUUCUCCGGUCCCAGCGACUAUCCCGACUUUGUCGACGCCACCCGCGUUACUUCGGACCUUACCCAUGCCGCCCCCACCAUCACCCGAGACCGAGGUCCAUCAUGGAUGGAUGCCGACGACAUCUCCAUCGCCAUGUUCGAACAUUCCCCUUCGGUUGACGCCAACGGCGUACCCUCUGAUAUCUCCCAUUCCUGGAGCAGCGAAACCCACAUCAAUCACGGGGACCACACUUCGAUCGACUUCAUCAACCCUUUCUGUCGGUAUCAGAGCUGGAGAAGUCGGCCGUCGAGGCUACCCGACACUCCAGAAAAACAUGGAUGA